AUGGAUAGGCACACUGAGAACAGCUCCAGCGAUGGCAUCCAUGUGAUAAUCAUCGGUGCCGGUCUCGCAGGUCUGGCAACGGCUCUCUCAACGAAACUCGCAAACCCCUCUCACCGCGUGACGAUCCUCGAGGCAGUCAAGGAGCUCCAGGAAGUCGGUGCCGGUCUCCAACUCACACCAAACGCGACCCGCCUCCUCGAAGCCUGGGGUCUCUUCCCAGCCCUCGCCCCCUUGGCGACCGUCCCCUCAACCCUCUCCGUCCACCGCUACGACGGCACCCGCCUCCUCGCCCACGAACCGCACCUCCAGGAAACGAUCCAAUCCCGCUACGGCCAUCCCUUUUGGGGCCUCCACCGCGUCGAACUCCAGCGCGCCCUGGUUGACCGCUGUACCGCCCUCGGCGUCGACAUCCGCCUCGCCUCGCGCGUCCGCUCCGUAGAUUUCGCCAGCGCGACCGUGACUCUCGACCCCGGAUCCGACUCGUCUUCUUCGUCUUCUCUAACGGUCUCCGGCGAUGUAGUAGUCUGCGCAGACGGAAUGUGGUCCGCCACCCGCGCCCAAUUCCUCGCCCGUCCUUCACCCCCCUCUCUAACAGGCGACCUCGCCUUCCGCAUCGCAAUCCCCCUCGACUCCCUCAAAGGCCCCCACAAAGCCGAGCUCGAAGCCUUUAUACAAUCCGAAACCGUACACUUCUGGAUCGGGCCCCAAGGCCACGGCGUCUCGUACACCGUCAAGCAGGGCCGCAUGCUCAACCUCGGCCUCCUCUCGCCCGAUAACCUCCCCGAGGGUUCGACAAAGGUCCUCGGCGACGUGGAGGAGAUGCGCGGUCUGUUCUCGAGCUGGGAUCCUUUGCUUCGUAAGCUGCUUGACCAGGUGGAGAGCGUUCACAAGUGGAAGCUCUGCUGGAUCGAGCCGCUGGACGAGUGGGCGAGCAAGGACGGGAGGUUCUUCAUGGCGGGAGACUGUUGUCACCCGAUGCUGCCCUACCUCGCACAGGGCGCCAACUCGUCGCUUGAAGAUGGCGCCGUGCUUGGUCACCUGCUCGGCAAAGUUCGCGGCCACGCGACGGAGACCGAGACCGGGGAGACAGCGACUUCGAGUUCGGACUCGAGCUCCCAGCUCGCUGCCGCGGCGGCCAUGUACCAGCGCCUUCGCAUGUCGCGGGGCCAGCGCAUCGUCAUGGAAUCCUUUGCGCAGCGCGACGACUUCCACAUGCCCGACGGCCCCGAGCAAGAGCGCCGCGACGAGAUCAUGACGGCGACGUUGAGGCCCGGGGAGGAGCCGCGGUCGGGGUUCCCUUCGCGAUGGACGUGUCCUGAUAUCCAACGGUUUCUGUACUCGUAUGAUGCGUACGCGGAAGCAGAGACGGCGUAUAAACAGGAUCCGUUUUAG